CCAAAUAGAGGACUUCGAUAAGACAUUUUGGCAUAUAAAAGAGCGCAUUUUACUGUCUAUAUUAUGAUAAAAUGUCGAUGGCGUUUUAUUCGGUGCGUCCCAGGAAUAAAGCUGAGUUGACGCAGCAAGCGAUCCAGAAGAUGCUGGAUGAAAACCAUCAUUUGAUACAAUGUAUCAUGGAAUACCAAAGUAAAGGCAAGGUGGCUGAAUGCACACAAUAUCAACAGAUUUUGCACAGAAAUCUGGUUUACCUGGCGACAAUAGCAGAUUCCAAUCAGAAUAUGCAGUCCUUACUACCUGCUCCUCCCACUUCAAAUAUGUCCAUGGGCCCUGCAGGAAUGAGUGGGGGACAUGCACAAGGCAAUCUUAAUGACAACAUGGGACAAUCAGCAAUGAUGCAGGGUCAAAUGAGCAAUGUCUCCCUGCUACAUCAACAAACUACAACGCCACAUUACUCCUCAGCCCAGCUUGGAAGCCAACAGUGUCAGGGCAUGAUGGUUCAAGGCAAUCAAGGAAGCAGUCUGUCCCAGAGGCCCAUGGGAUCUUACCGCUCUUCUCAACAAGGAUCUGCACAGCAGUACUCGGGACAGAACGAAUUCUACGGAGAGCACUAUGGACACACUCAGAGCUCCAGCGAGCCCAUAAACCAGCAGUAUUACCCUGAUGGUCAUGGUGAAUACUCGUAUCAGCAGCCAUCAUACGGUGAGCAGAGCUACGAGAGAUCCUUGGAUGAGUCUUCACAGCAUUACUACGAAGGAGGAAACCCGCAGUUCAGUCAGCAGCAGUCUAAAUAUCAGCAGGCUUCUGAUCAGCAGCCUUUCAGCCAGCAGCAGUAUUCUUCUCAGCAAGGCUAUAGUGGGCCGCCACAGGGAUACGGACCUGGCCAGGGUGGAUCCUCAGAGUAUUCUCAAUAUCAGCAAUGUCAAAGCCAACAGUUCGGGUCUUACCGCUCUUCCCAAGGAGGACUAGGAGCACAGGCGCAGAGGCCAUUUAACUAUGAACAGCAGAGGGGAGGAGCUCCUCUCCCUCUGGAUGAGAGCUAGAGUUGAUGUCCAAAUCAGUUCAUCCAGCUCGCCUUGACGUCAUCUUGUAGCAACUGCCAAACCCUGCGAAAAUAAUGCCUAUAUUGCAUGAACUUUAUGAUUUAAUGCUUCGACAUUGUUUAACACAAGUAUUCAACUUUGGAAUAACAUGCAUAAGUCAAAAAAGACUAAAUUAAUCAUAGGUCACAUUUAACUACACGGGAGAACAGGGCCCAUCAAGUAUAACUACAUAGUGUAGAAUUCAAUACAGACUCGAUGACCAAGGUUGACUCAGAGUAAGUGGAACAGUAUCUAAACUCUCCAAACUCAUCCUCGUUGAAAUGUUUCAUAUUACAGGGUCAGUACGGAAGUUAUCAACAAUAAAGUACACUUUGGUUUCCUGAUCGCUGGAUGGAAGUAAGAAGGCAGCUCCAGUCGGAGUUUGGUUGAAAAGUGACAUCUGAUGCAUUUCAUUAAAUAAGUUUAAUUAUUUUUCAUUAUUUAAUUUUGUGUUGUUGUUUUAUGUAUGUGACAAAAAACAGUACUGUUUUUUUUUCUCAACAGGUUUUCUAUGCUAAUCGGGUCUAGCAACUAUUGGAACCUUUCUAUUUGGGAUUCUUAAAAUAGUGUAUUUUUGUUUUCCUGUUUAUCCAUCCAGGACGAUGCAAUGCACAUUAUUGCAUAUAUUUAACACAGGCAAUGCCAUAAUAUCAUGUGUACAAGUGUUGUAUAUAUAAGGUUUGUAGCCAAUCGACUAAUUUGCAUGUUUUCAGGUCACUUUGAGUUUUUUUUAAUUUCGUAUAGCAAAUCAUUCCAAAACUUAGGCCAUAUCCUUAAAAAAUGACUGGCCAUAUUUAUAUAAUUUAGUAAACGGAAUUUAAUUUAGUAGACACUAUAAGCAAUUUGUUUCAUUGUUGCUUUUUCUGCUCUGUAAUUGCCUUUGUACUUGCCUUUACCUUUAACCACUGCAUUUAUUGUGUUUCCUUAGGAAUAAUUUUUAUUUUCUUCUAAAGAGUCUUUAAAAAAAAAAGGGAUGUCAGCAGUA